AUGGGCAAGAAGCCAGCACAGCCAGCACCAAUUGGCCGCCCAGCGCGCAUUGCUCCACCUCUCGUCGGCCGCGCACUCCAUCCUGCCCGCUACCUCGUCGCCAUGAAGGUCCGGCGCGGCAGCUCCUCGCGGCUGCGGCAGGUCGCGGGCCUCCUGCUCGCGACGACCGCGCUGGCCUCGGCCAAUACGGCGCCCUCGCUCUACGACUACAAGUAUGACGGCACCACGACCUACUGCUACUGGAUGGACCAGGGCAUGCAGGUGUCCAACUUCGACUUCGCCUACGUGCUCCAGGAGGGCACGGGCUCCGACUGCCCGCUCACCGUCUCGCUCGAGCAGGCCACGACCGGCAUCAUCCUGGCCGGCAGCGAGGUCGAGUACGCCUUCACGGCCACGCUUAACCUCAACGACAACGCCUUCAACCUCACGGAGCUGCAGACUACCGUGCCAGACCCGACCACGGGACUCCCCAUGCAGAUCGGCCACGCCAACAUCCACACGUGCUCGCGCUCCACCGUGUGCGACAUCUUCCGCACAGGCUCCAACCGCAAGAUCGCGGACCAGGAGACGUCCAACUUCACGAGCGCGGGCACGGCCAGCUUCCGCCAGAAGAUCACGUACAGCAGCGCAGGCGAGCGCAACGUGUUCGCGCACAUUAUUCUGCCGCCCAAGGACUAUCUCGAGGAGAGCUACCACUUCAUCACGUUCAUCACGACCAAUGUGGAGGCCAGCUCCACUAGCGCGGCGGACGAAGAGAGCUCGGGUCUCUCUACGGGUGCAACGGUCGGCCUCGUCGUUGGCGCAGUCGCGAUCGUGGUAGCCGUGAUCAUCUCGGUGGUGUUCUACCGCCGCAAACGCCACCCCGGUGACGGCACCGACCACUUCCGCAACAGUGGCUUUGGCCUGCCUGCGUCGUACGCUGCGACCAAGUCCAAGUCGCACCUGGACUGGAAUGCCGAGCCCGACGCGCGGGUAGCGUCAAACGGUUCUGGCUGGAAGGACAACUACUCGGCUGGAAAUCGCUCCCAGGCCUCCCGUGGACCCGGACUCAACGCCAGCGCUCUUGCCUUUAAUACCGACCGUCAUAGCCGCCAGAACAAGACAGUCUCGUCGUCGGGAUCGCUCCACUCCAGUCGUGGACCUGGUGACGCGGGUAUGAUGUACGCCAACUACGAGACGCCCAUGCAGCGGUCUGGUAACAACUUCAACGCCGUGGACCCCUUCAACCGGUCGCAGUCGAUGUACCCCGACGAUUCCAUGUACGACGAUGGCGAGUCCCGGAUCGUCGAAGAGGACCCCAACCUCGAGUAUGGACGCACCCCUGACCUCGAGACUUUCGGUAUCGGUGGUAUUCAGGGCCCUUCCUUCGAGAGCGAGACGUCCAUGGGAACGUCUUUCGAGUACAACACGGACGACUCUCAUUUCGCCCAGCCGACCUUCAACCCGCUGCUCAGUGGUUACGGUCGCGAGUCGGACAUGUCGAGCAUGGGGGGAACCGACGAGUACAAUAUGUACGAGCAGCCUCGCACGCGUGGUAACACGCUCGACGCAAUGCUUUCGACGGUGCCUGGCGACCAGGGAAGCGAAAGCGGCGGCGUUCGUGACGGCUCGGUAUCCUCGAUUGGCACGGUAGACUUCACGCAGGACGAGCCCUCUGUUCGAUCCGCGAAGCCGAUCACGUUUGAGCCUUUGGACGAGACCUUGACUCUGUCGGGCUACGGACGAGCCAAGGAGGGGAACCCCGACCUUGCCAAGUCUAACGAGCUCAACAAAACCAACUCCAGCGAGAACACGGAGUUUGUGCUCCACGACAGCAGCGUCGAGUUCCCUACCUCCAACGCCAACGCCGACUUCGUCAGCACGACUGGCUCGGCCGACAUUGACGGAAAGACCGACGUCACCAGCUCCGAUUUCGGUGCCACUGGCACCACGGACAUCAUCAGCAGUUCUGAUUACGAGACGAGCAGCAAGGCCGACAGUCACAGCGACUACGACGCAGGCAGCUUCAGCAGCGGCUUGGAGGGCUCGAGUUUCAACUCGGACCUGACCGGCAGCAGCUACGGCACGGGUAUGACUGGCUCGAGUUACGGCACCGACGAGACCGGCAAGAGCCUAAACGCUGACCUGGAAGACUCGGCAUUAGAUGCGACCAAGACGAAAGCUGGCCUCAACGAUACGCAGUCAACCUACGAGUUUGACGACAAGUCCUUCCGUGCUUCCGACUCGUUCACCACAUCCAAUGACGAUCCGACGGCUGGCGAGGGCCUUCGCCCGAGACGCGUGUCUUCAGCCGAUGGCGAGAGCUACGAGUUCUAG